ACCUGUCCGACUAUACAACCAAUCGCACCACGAACAAUUCUCCUCGGCUCACCGCUUCAGUUGCUCGCAAAUAUAAGUUUUCAUAAGUAAAAUUAUAAAACAGGUGCAUCAUUAAAGAAAGGAUAUUUUGUGAAACAAGUCCAUACUUGUUACACUGCAACAUCAUCUAAACAAAAAGAAAUAUACAAAGCUUGUUUAGACUUGUGUUAAGGCACACGACGGAAUAUAUCACAACUGAUAAGCGACUGGCGUGAGCAGGUCUUGUGAGUGGUGACACUUCAGACAAAUUAAUUGACUUUGGGAUAUAAGAAAGUCAACAUUUAUAUUUAUACAAGUUUAGAAGAUUUAAUAGUUAUCAUCAGGGAGUUAACUGUUGUUUAGAUUGAACUCAAUCUAGAAUGGACUUACACAUAAUUUAGUGCUACCAAAAAGGCGAAGAAAGAAGACAGGAAAAUGCUUUCAGAGAAGCCAAGAGGUGGUCUGUCAGAGACGCGGAAGAUGACAAAGUCGACAAUGGAGAAGAAAAGAAGGGCAAGGAUUAACAACAGUUUGACAGAGUUGAAGGCAAUAUUAUCUGGAAUGAUUUCAAAUAAGGGAGAAAGAUUUGACAAAAUGGAAAAAGCAGAUAUUCUCGAAAUGACUGUAAAAUGUGUAAGACAGCUCCAAAAACAGGCGAAUACAGGUGAUUCAGUCCGCACACCUAGCAGCUCUGUGGAUGAGGAUUACCGAAGUGGGAUGCAUACCUGUAUGAGUGAAGUGAUCAAAUUCAUCAGCUCCAGUCACUUCUCUGACGCAGAUCCUGAGGUUAAAACUAAACUUCUUAACCAUCUGGCGAACAAACUAAACAGUGGUACAACGCAUGAAAGGAAUACAGAUCCAGACACAUCGUAUGCUUAUCAAAAAGAAAUCUCUGAGAAUAACUGUUUUAUGCCAAAUAUGACAAAUACUGAUACGGAUUCUUUAUCAAUUUCCGAUAUGUCAAAUGAUUCGAACAAUAAUUUACAAACAAUCAGCGACAAGAACACACCAUUUUCGGUGAACGUUCGGAACCCAAAAUCACCACCUCCGACGCCAUUGAUGGCUUCUCCUUUGUUAACAUCAUAUAAACCAAUUCAGCCGGUGCAAGAAACUUUACAGCCACCAUCAAGUGUGCCAACAGUUCCUCUAACCAUCUUAGUUCCCGCCAAUAUUUGCUCAGCAACUCUUGGAACAACUUGUGUUAUACCACUAAACCUACCUACUGGAAGCCCGCAACUCAGCCAGGCAGCCAAUUUCUUUCAAACGGUUUCCCAACCGUCUCAAACGAGCUUCACAAUAAAUUCAAACUCUGGUAUCUCACUGAUCCAAACACCAAACGUUGUACAAAAUACACAGCUGUCAUCCAAAGUAAAUGAACUUUCAAAUUUAAGCCCACAAAAUAAGUUUUACACUUUCACUCCAACAGUUUUAUCGAAUUGCAACCGGACACAAAAUGGAUCUUAUACGACAAAAGAAACAGUAAAACCAGCUACAGUGCCAUUUACCACAAUGCUCAGUCCGCAGGAUCGAAGUGAAGGAUCUACAAUUCCAAACCUGAACCACAAAACUGAUGCAACAAAAGAACCUGUAGCCAAUUAUCAAAUAAUUGCUCAACCGAAUGAGUUUUCAAUACCUCAAAUAACUGAAUUUCCUCGUAUGGUUACGGACAGUAAUAAAAGUGUGGCGUUAAAUUAUCCCUUCAACGAAUCGAGGACGGACAUCGUAAAUGAAAUAGUUCGGGACAAAGUAUAUCAACGUAAAGUUGACCAACAUAACUUACGCGAAAAAGACAGACCAAUACAUUAUGAACAGGGGCAGUUCAGCGGGAUUAGCAAAAGCGCCGCCGAGCGGCUGGAAGAGCGGUCUGUAAUGUAUAAUCGUCAACCUGGCAACGGCUGUGAUGACGCUUCCGACAUGUGGCGUCCCUGGAAAACUGCGAUAUAAUAUAGUGCUAUAUAUUUCAGCGUUACACACGUUUUACUGUUAUUUUAUUGUUUUGAUUUACAAUUGUAAGAUUUAUAAUGUUAUCAAAUUUGAAAUUAAAUUGAUUUACGAUUUCACA